UUCUUCUUCUACUUUCUCUUCUAUACUUCCCUUUACUAAAAUCCAAUCCAAAUUUCCUUCCAUUUUCCUCACAAAAUCAAUUAAUCAAUCAAAUGCCAUCCACCCAAUAAAUCUACCAAAUUCUUCAUCUUUUCAAUCUCAAUAAUUCUUCUCUAAUCUCUCUCACUAGAUCUAACCCCCACUAAAAUCUAUCCAGAACCACCACCACCACCGCUGCCGCCACCGUCAAUUUUUUCCGGCCCCGUUGACGGGUUUGACCACCUCUUUGACUCUCUUGUUCUCGUUGACGCUAACCGUCGGUAACAUCGACGGUGGUAAUGAUCUUCAGCAAGAGUGCAGAUAGUUAAGUAGCUUUCGCGGAACGAUAAAAUGGAAAAUGGUGAUGAGAAGGAGAAUUUGCUGUCUAGGCUAAGUCUUAAUGAUACUAAUAAUGGAUAUAAUAAUAAUAAUACUAAUGAUGGAUUGUUUCAAGUUAUGAAAGCAGUUGAAGCUGCUGAAGCUACAAUCAAACAACAGGUUGAAGAGAAUCAUAGAUUGAGGUCCGAGCUUCAAAAGAGGAUUCAGGAACUUGAAAACUAUAAAUCGAGUAAUAUAAAGGCUGAAAAUAGGCAUCCCAUUGGUCAAUGGAGUGAUGAUGGUUAUCAACCUCAGAAGACGACUCAACUAGAGGGAAUUAAGAUGCGAAAUGAGUCUUCAUUCUAUAAUUCAUCUACGCUAGCCCUAAAUAAAGAUUUUAUUGGAAAUGCUGUCAAUCCUAUGGAGACCCAAAAGAUAAAUGGAGCAGAUAAAGUUUUUCAUAACGGGGGUCUGAGCCAGUUUUCUUCAGCCUCCACUGCAGCAUCUUCUCCAUUGAGAAUGAAUUCACAAUUCAAUACUGUUGGAUAUCAACCGGAAGCAAAACAGGAUCUGCAGCUCAAUGUGUCUGGACAUGGACAUGGGCUGGUGCCGAUUUCUGAUAUACAAAAUACUGGCAUCCUCUUAAACCAGGUUACUGUUGAUUCCCGAGAUCAGGAGCAAGAGAUUUUGCUUUUGAGAAAACAUCUUGCUGACUAUUCGAUCAAGGAACUCCAAAUACACAAUGAAAAGUUUGCUCUGGAGAAACGAAUUGCUUAUAUGCGUCUGGCUUUCGAUCAGCAGCAGCAGGACCUUGUAGAUGCGGCAUCUAAAGCCCUCUCUUACAGACAAGAGAUUAUUGAAGAAAAUAUACGUUUAACAUAUGCAUUACAGGAUGCAAAAGAAGAAAGAUCAACAUUUAUAUCGGCAUUAAUGCCUCUUCUUUCCGAAUAUUCUCUUCAGCCACCAGUUGUUGAUGCCCAGUCCAUUGUUAGUAAUGUCAAGGUUCUUUUUAGACAUUUACAAGAGAAACUCAUCGGUGUCGAGACAAAGCUAAAAGAGUCUCAAUAUCAGCUAGCAGCCUGGCGUUCCGAUGGGAACCCCUCAAGUUAUGCACAAUCUCCAUUGUAUACCUUUGGGAACAAAAACGGGCUUGAAUUGGUCCCGCAACAAGCAUACUCGGAUGGACAAGUACCAAUCUCAUCAGAGCAUCUGACUCCAAGAGGUUGGGAUGUACCAGGCCAUUCAGGUGGUGGUGCGGAGAAUUUAGAACCUGAUUCUGGGAUGUAUUCACCUCUUGUAAACAGAAACGAUCAUCCUCAAGGCACAAAUACACACAUUGGCAUUGACCAGGGUAAUUUAUAUUCUACGAGUAAAAAUGAGGAACCUACCAGCAAACAAGUUACAUUUAGUGAUCCUGUUAGCAAUAAUGAGGAUGACUUAGAUGCAGAAGGAAACCGUAAUGAGGGAAAUGACGGAGAACAGUUUGCCAAUUGGAAUUCUAAGAAUUCGGCUUAUACAACCACACUUGAAGAUCCCAACUCUUAUUCUCCAUAUUUAACUCCAGUUCUUGAAGAACCGGGUUCUUCCUAUUCUGAAGCUGCAGAUGAUGACCCAUUACCUGCAGUAGAGUCGCUUCAAAUUUCAGGUGAAGCUUUCCCAGGUCGAGAACUUCAAGCUAGUGGAUACUCUCUCAAUGGAACUACAAGUUGUAAUUUUGAGUGGGUACGGCAUAUGGAAGAUGGGUCUGUUAACUAUAUCGAAGGUGCAAAGCAACCAAAUUAUCUUGUUAAUGCCGAUGAUGUUGAUACGUACCUUGCCAUUGAAGUUCAGCCCAUGGAUAACAGAAAACGCAAGGGUGAACUUGUAAAGGUUUUUGCCAAUGAGCACAGGAAAAUUGCGUGUGAUCCUGAAAUGCAUGACCAUAUCAGAAGAGCUCUUCAGGCUGGUUAUGCUGAACAUAGAUUGUCCUUGUGGACUGGAUACCUUGACAUAUGGGAGCCAGUUACAUUAGUGGUCAAGAAGGAUGGGAUUAACAUCAAGGGUGGUAGCACUCCCGUCAACGAGAAGUUUUCUGCCACCACAACAGUAUUUAUUCCAUGUGGAAAUCCAGUGGAAUUUUCGAUUUUUGGUUUGGGAAGCGUUGAGGAAUGGAGGCUUCGAGUGGAACAGGAGUCAGCUGCUAUCAGGUGUUCAAGGGAUAUAAUUGUUCUCACCAUGAGAUACUUUAUCAGACGGGCUGUUGAGAAAAAGAAGGUGAAAAAGAAAGGCUUAUUCUUCUAAUGAAUAUUAUGAUUGAACUUGGGACGACAUCAUGGAAGCAUCUUUGUUGCCUAAGAAUUUUAUGCAUUCUGGUAGCAUCCAUUUUGACCCUUGCUUUCUUAGAUUCUACCACUUCAUGUGGUUUUUCUUCUUUUCCAUCCGUAUUCAAUUGGGGCGAUGUAAUUUGUAUUUAUUUUUCAAUGGCAUGGCAUUGUAAAGAAGGUUUUGAAGAAAGCAUGCUGUGGUGUGAAGAUCGAGUCAUGAUCAAAGUGACAUGAACAGAUAUUUACAAAUACUCGCAUUUUGUACUGUAUAUAUGAAAGGCUAGCUAGAUAGCCAUGUUGCAAAAGUUGUAAGAUUAGUUUAGUGGACAUUUGUGACUAAGCGUUCUUAUUAAACAUCAUAUGAUAAAUUUUAAUCACAACAUAGCCACAUGCAGGAAUUUAUAACGCCAAA